CGAGGAAACUCGUGUACAAAAGCCACUUCUGUCUGGAACGCGGAAGUUGUACCGCAUAAUUUUUCUCCUCUAAGUUCCCGGGCUCUUCCUUAGUGACUCAGUUCGUUUGCGGUGUGACUGUGAAUUUAUCAGCAAAUUCUUGGAACUCCAGGUGCGAAGAUUGAUAACUCCUUUCGGAGGAUCCCAAUGUUGACAGGUGAGGGACGACACGGCCAUCAAGUAUGAGCAGGCACGGCAAUGACUGGGUAACGCGUUGGGACGAAACCCCUCACAGAGACGCAGUCAAACUUGACGACAAACCAUGGUUUCACGGGAAAAUCACGAGGGAAGAAGCCGAACAGCUACUGGAGCCAUGGGUAACCGGGUCGUUCCUAGUGAGGGAGAGCACGCAUUACCCGGGAGACUACACACUGUGUGUUUGCACCGACAACAGAGUGGAACAUUAUCGAGUGAUAAAGGAUCAUCAACGGAAACUGACUAUCGACGAGGAAGUCUUCUUUGAUUCGUUGCCGGAGUUGGUUGCUCAUUAUACAGAGGAUGCUGAUGGACUAGUAAGCCGUCUCAUUACUCCUGUCAAUAAAGCUGGAGGUGACGGAUAUUCCAAACAAUUUGAAAAAGCUGGCUGGUCUAUUGAUAGGAAGCUCAUCACAUCUGGUAGAGUCAUCGGCAGAGGCAACUUUGGAGAGGUGAGAAAGGGAACGUACAUGGGGAAAGACGUGGCCAUCAAAGUGACGAAAGAUGACAAGAUUCAGGCGCAGAGCUUUCUUUCUGAAGCAUCUAUCAUGACACAAUUAAGGCACGACAACUUGGUUCAGUUGAUCGGCGUAUCACCUGGAACUAGCAUAUGGAUAGUACUGGAAUUUAUGUCCAAGGGUAAUCUACUAGACUACUUGAGAUCCAGGGGAAGAACAGUUAUCAGACAGCUCGACCAAAUCAAUUUUUCUUUGCAUAUAGCAUGUGGAAUGAAUUACCUUGAAGAGAGGAAAUUUGUCCACCGAGACCUUGCGGCCAGAAAUAUCCUGGUAUCGGAAGAAGACGUCGCCAAAGUCUCAGACUUCGGUUUGGCUCAACAUGACAGAGAGAAGGCCGAGAAAUCCAAGAUUCCUGUCAAAUGGACGGCCCCGGAGGCAGUCAGGAAAAAAACAUAUUCCACCAAGUCCGAUGUCUGGAGUUAUGGCAUUCUCUUGUGGGAACUCUACUCCUUUGGAAGAGUACCCUACCCUCGUGUGCCUGCAGAUGACGUCAUAAAGUUUGUGGAAGACGGUAACCGAAUGCAGCCGCCUGACGACUGCCCCGACACCGUCUAUGACGUCAUGAACAGAUGCUGGAAGUUACAGCCAGAAAAAAGACCAACGUUUCGCCAGAUCGAAUCAAGAGUAAUGGAACUGAGGCGCUUACUAAAAGAAGAACAGCGAGGGAUGGAGUCAGCGUCUUAGAAGGCCGAAAGGUCAGACAUCAAAUCGUGGAAUUAUUGGUCUUCUGAUGCAACUUGACACACGGCCAGUCUGAUCAAAAAAAAUGUGUGCGUUUUGUGAUUGAGAAGACUCUUUAUUUUGACCAUUUCUACGGCAUGUCCCUACAUGCAGCUGUGUUUUUUUUUUUUUUUACUGUUUUGUUACUUAUUUUCCCCACAAGUGAGACCCAGAAUGCUCCAGGGUGCACCGUGAACUCUUUCAUUCACAGAAACGUUGGAAGUUGUAUUCUUCUUGAAAUGCACCUCAGGAAAUUCCCAACAAAUAAAAGCCAAAAACAAAACGAUUACAUGAGCUUUUUGUGCUGUCAUUUCCCCAUCAACGUCAGUUUAAAAAUUCAUUAUUUUGCCUCUAGAUUUACGUGCCUCUGUAUUGUUAAGGCAUUGUAAAAGAUAGUCAUUCUGCAAACAGUCUUUAUUGCUGUUCCAAUGUGAUGGGUUUUUUUUUAUAUCAAGAGUGUUUGCUUUAAACUCAAACACACAAACAAGGAACAGAAAACUUUUCAAUAAGUUGGUCAUCACUUCCUCUUUAACCGUUUUAAAGACUAGCUUGAAGAUUUUGAACCAAUAAGCACCGUCGAUAUUGGAACUUUCAUUAAUCAAUAUAUUGGAAAUUCAAUAUCGAGAAUAUUCGAUAUAUCGAUUAUCCCAUGUAAAUGUAGGUGCACUAUGAUAAAAAAAAAAAAAAAUCUGAAGUCCCAAUUUUCCGUGUUUUUUUUUUCUGGAGCAUAUUGCUCAAACCUUUUAAACCAAAUCUCAGCACUGAGAGUUUGUCCAGAACGGGCGGUUUCUUUUGAGGUUUCACAUUAGGGAGACCGCAAACUCCAGCAAACGCAGAGCAGCACAGCUUGCUACCAAAUUUUAUUUCAUUAUACAGCGAAUGUUAAACACAAAGUAAAAGCACAAACAGGAGAUUUAUUUCGAAGAUCAUUUGAUGCAUUUUCGAUAAGUACGAUAUCAUUCCUUAAUAUCGAAAGUUUCGAUAUUUCGAUAUGAUUUAAAAAUUGCUAUCGGCGAUAUUGAUAUAAAAGUAAUAUCGACUAAUCGAGUAAUACGAUAUAUCGACGGUGCUUAUAAAUCAGCAGUUACUUUUUCAUUUCUGUUCUUAAAAAAAAAAAACCCAAAAUGCACUCGCACUGUUUUUUUUAUCAACUAUAAAGCAAUGUUUGAUGUUUACUUUCUAUUCAAAAGUCAAUAUUGACUUUUUAUUUGAGUAGCUUUUCCUAUUUCAUGUUGAGAACUUAGCAAAAUAUUGUUUUUGUAGCGAAACUAACUUAGAUAUCAGGCUGGCCCUGUUCUUAGCAUGUACUGAGAUUGAGAUGAUUGAUGCAUGGACUGUCAAUGAUAGUACAGUAGUACUUUCAUCAUCGUCCACCUGCAGUGGCCCAGGUUCAUAUCCCACCUUGUACAUCAUGAAUAUCGGCUAUAUCAGGAAUUUUCCUUGCUUUCCUUUAAGGCAAUAUACAUGUACAACAUUAUGCAAACAUC